GCUAUUUCUUAGUUAUUUGUCUUUUUCGGUUUCUUUUCAUCACUCUUUUUUUCUACACAUUUUACACCUUCUCAAACGAGGCUGGCCCCUAUUUUCUGGCCGCUACAAACUAUACUUUAUAAUAUACUCCCUGUCAGCCGCAAUUCUCUUAUAUAAUAUGGCUAAUAUGGACCCCUCAACUCGUUGCCAGAUGCCAACUCUGGCCACACAGCCGACUUUGCCAUUUUUCGCUCCGCAGCAUUUCCACCGUCACUUGCGAAGGGCAGCAGUGCCUGAUUCGAAGUUAUGGUAUACAAUGACCACCCCCGAGGCUGGCGACAGCAACUGUUUGUUUGCAAUUCCCAACGUCGACGGGUCCGGUCCGUACCCCGUUAGAUUCAAAUCAUGCGAUCCGCUUGAAGACGAUUCUCUGUGGCAAUUCGUUCCAGACUCCCAGGGCCACUAUUUCAUAUAUAAUAAGGGAUGGGGAAGUUCUGGCCAUCGACUGGAUAUCAACUGCCCUGAACCAUCUAUGUGCAUCAUGUGGAUGGGCCCCUCGGGCGAGAUAUACAACAACCAGCGCUGGUUUCUUGGUGGCAGUAAUGGCCAAUUUAAAAUAAGCAGCCUCGGACUGCCAGGUAGCUCCCUGAGCUCUGCACUGGUCGAUAACAACUACGUCGGCGUGAUGCUAGAUACAACCACUAUUGGUGAUGAUUCGAAGAACUGGAAGCUUAGUGACAAUAUCCCCGCAUCAUCCUCGUCUACUACGCCAGCUUCCUCUACUACGCCAGCUUCUACUGUCGCACCCGCUCCCUCUAUCACACCAUCUCCAUCUGUUGACUUGUCUCGACUAGACAACCAUAUCGUGUCUUCUACUCCUGCGCAGACGACUGAAGGACCAUCAUCAACAUUGACAUCUAACAUGCCUGACAUGUCUUUAACUGUUACCCAGCAUGAACCAUCGACAACAUUAGCAUCCGACAAUCCUGAAUUCAGCAACACUGGCGUGUCUUCUACUACGAGUCAGAUUGGAGGACUGUCCCCUUCCGACACACCUAAACCCAACAACUCUGGCACAGACAAACAUGUUGAUCUGACAGUGGGUCUAGCGGCGGGGCUUGGAGGGGGGGCUCUACUGUUAUUUUGUUUGUGGUGUUUGUGGUUUUUUUGGUGGAAGAGCAGACCACAGCCACAUUUGGGUAAGACGACCGAACUUGCUGUGCUACCUGUGGCUGAGCCUGUGAGGGUGACACCCGUGAGUGAGCCUGAGACGGUGCCACCUGUUAGUGAGCCUGAGACGGUGCCACCUGUGAGUGAGCCUGAGACGGUGCCGCCUGUAAGUGAGCCUGUGGGGGCACUACCUACGAGGAAACGUAUGGGGAUGUCAGCUAUGAGUGAACCUGGGAGUGCACCCGUAAGGCGACCUUCAAAUGUGGGUGAAUAG